UAGCAGCCGUCACCCCAUCUGAAAAUCUCGAGCGAUUGUACAAACGAGUAUGGCUCAAGAAGACACAGUCAUACCAGAACACCAGCUGUCCGAGCGCACACCAGUCAUUGCUUUCGACGGUGCCAUUUCCACGGUAACCAUCGCCCUGCCGAAUCGGUGUUUCGCCUUCUCCGUCACAUUCCUGCUCGACCAUCCCAAGCUCGUUUCGCUCGGGAAAGAGAAGCCCCCACUUCACUUCCACCCUUAUCAAGAGGAGUACAUCACUGUCACUGAAGGCUGUCUGGCAGUUGAGUGUAACGGCGUAGAACACACACUCACUCCAGCUGAUGGCGAGUUUGUGAUCCAGCCGUGGACCAAUCACAGGCUAUAUCCGACGGCGCAGAGAGAUGGGCAAACGAUCACGCGCUUCUUGCUGAGCGGUAAGGAUACGGCGGAGACUUACAAGCUCGACGAACUUUUUUUCGAGAACUGGUACGGCUAUCAGGAUGCGGUGUUCGUGCACGGAGAGCCGCUGAGCAUGGUGCAGGUCAUGUCAAUGUUUGAUGCGGGUGGCUCAUAUAUAUCGCUACCUACUUGGAUCCCGUUCUCGAGGACGUUCGCUCGAGUGUUAGGAAUCGUCGUGGGUAGGUGGAUUGGGGGUCUCUUGGGUUACCAGCCAUAUUAUAGACAGUGGAGUACAGAUUGGCAAUUGGCAUGUCAGCGUAUGAGGUCUUCGACUUUUCAGCAAGGGUUCGCAGUUGAAGAAAAGGCACUGUGAGGUUCUCUGGGAGAGUAUGGAGCUUCAAGGCAAACAAUGGGUAUUAUUACUAUAAUCAACAUAAUCCAACACAUGCUAC